AGAAUUGUCUGGGAGCAUAGCAACACUGGCUCGAUACAAGAGCAGGCCACCGUGAGUCAUUGUAAAAGUUUAUCCUUCAGUACUUUUAUGACUUCUGCUUCAGAUUUUCUGCCAGUGAUGCCUCCCGGUUUCUCUAGAUCUCAUUCCAUAAUUGUUAAUGAAAGUGCCUCUGGUGAUAAAAAUGAUGAUGAUGAUGAUGACGACGAUGAUGGUGAAGAAUUUGCGGACUAUGCUGGAGAAGGGGUAUCAGCUCUUCGUUUCGAGCCGAAUGGAAUACGAUUUGCUUCCGGUGGUGUUGAUUACCAAGUGAAAUUAUUUGACUUUCAAAAGAUGGACAUGAGUCUACGCGCAGAUAAGGAACUUUUCCCUUGUGAGAGCCACAUAAUCAACGACAUAGCGUUUAGCGCAAAUGGAGAAAUAAUGCUUAUUUGUAGUAGUAAGGCCCAGGUUCAUUUAUUGGAUAGAUCUGGCAAGCAAUGGGCAGAAACAGUACGAGGAGAUCAGUACCUCGUUGACGUUAGCCAUACGAAAGGACACACAGCAGCUAUCAAUUGUUGUCAGUUUAACCCUAUUAUCAAGGAUGAAUUUAUGACAUGUGGAGAUGACGGUACCUGUAUGUCAAACUUUGAGUCAAUCGUGAUUAAAACGAAAACUGCAAAUGGGAAGCGGGCAAUGCCACAGACAUGUUGCUACUCGAUGGACGGAAAGUUAAUUGCGGCUGGUUGCGACGAUGGAUCUAUUCAAGUCUGGAAAUAUGGGAAUCUAUAUGUAAACACAUUCUACCUUGUUCGAAAUGCUCACAAAGGUCCGAUCACGUCAAUGACUUUCUCUCCAGAUUCUCAGAAGAUUCUAACAAGAGGACUGGACGAUUGUAUGAAGAUGUGGUCAAUCAAAAACAACAAAGCGCCUAUCCUUGAAAAGGCUGAUUUGGAGAAUGCGUUUAAAAGCACUGACUGUGGAUUCUCUCCUCAUGGUGAACUUAUAUAUACUGGAACCUCAUCUACAAAUACGAAUAUGCCUGGCAUGUUGCUCUUUUUUGGUGCGGAUACGUUCGAACUUGUCUACAAAAUCGAAUACCCAGGAAUAAGUUGUACAAAAAUCUGUUGGCACCCUAAGUUGAAUCAAAUCUUGGUUGGUUUUAGUGAUGGGACAAUAUAUUACGAUCAAAGUUUAUCCAAUCGUGGUGUGAUGACAUGCAUUGCAAAACCGAUCAGAAGAAAUCGUGCUAACGAAUUUGUUCGUGAGGAAAUGAUAUUAUCUCCACUCACACUGGAAAUGUUCCAACCGCGGGGAGAAGAAGGAGAAGAAAAGGAAGUCACCGGAUUUCGACUGAAAAAAUACCUCCGCAUGAUGGAUAACCAGCAACGACCACAGUUUCGGAAACCAGCUGACGUUCCAAUUGGAAGAAGUGCCAAUGGAAGAGUGGUUGCUAGUGGUGGUAGUUUGCAUUCAUAUGUAGCUCAGCAAAUGGGAACAUUGAAAAAUAAGACAUUCAUGGAAGAUACGGAUGUGCGAACGAGUAUACUGCGACAUGCUGAAGAAGCUGCGAAAAAUCCGAUCUAUGUAGACAAGGCUUAUCGUAAGACGCAACCAAAGCCUAUCUUCCAAGAAAAAACCACAGCCCCAGAAGAAGAAGAGCCAGACACCGAAUUACAGCCAGUGUUCAAAAUGCCUCGAUUGAAUUGA